AUGCGCGUGCACACGCUCCUUGCCUGGGUGAUUCCAGCCUUUAUCACUGUUGUUUCUGCCAGUUUAUCAUCCACCGCUGGUGUCCAGUCACUUGUCAAGCGCCGCUUGCCUCGACAUGUUGAUGCCUUUGAGUUUGUGAUCUCGGAUACAGCAGUUGCUGGGAAUGGGGUCAGGGAUAGCUAUGAGGUCUCCUCAACAGACAAUGGCAAAAUCCAAGUCAAAGGCACAUCUACAUCUGCUGUCAUAUCAGGUCUUCAUCGAUACCUAGCCGAAGUCGUUCAUCUUGACGUCUGGUGGUACAUUGGCAGUCGUCUAGACCAAGCUCCCCUUUCCUUGCCAAAGCUGGACCAGCCCUUGAAUGGUUCUGCUGUCGUCCCCUUGCGAUACCAUUUCAACACUGUGACUACUUCAUACACCAUGGCAUUUUGGUCGUGGGAAGAUUGGGAGUUGGAGUUGGAUUGGAUGGCACUCCGUGGCAUCAACCUUCCGCUAGCGUGGGUUGGAGUUGAGAAGAUCUUCAUCGAUGUCUUUCGUGAAGUCGGGUUCAACGAUGCUGAAAUCAGCUCAUUCCUCAGUGGCCCUGCGUUUCAAGCGUGGAACCGCUUUGGCAACAUCCAGGGCUCCUGGGGAGGUGAUGUUCCCUUUGACUGGAUCGAAGAUCAGUUCAAAAUGCAGCUCAAGAUUGUGGCCCGCAUGGUAGAGCUUGGCAUGACUCCCAUCUUGCCAGCUUUCCCGGGUUUCGUGCCCUCCAACGUGACUCGCAUCUGGCCCGAUGCAGCCACAAAGAAGAGCCCCUUAUGGAGCGGCUUCUCGGCCCCGUACUCGGCCGAUACCUACCUCGAUCCCUUUGACCCUCAUUUUCUCCAGCUGCAAAAGAGCUUCAUGUCAAGACAACUCGAAGCUUUCGGUAACGUCACGCACUACUGGACACUGGACCAGUUCAAUGAAAACAAACCGGGCUCGCGUGAGCCAGACUACCUUCGGAAUGUGAGCCACAACACGUGGCAGUCGCUCAAGGCGGUCGACCCGGACGCAAUCUGGGUCAUGCAGGGGUGGCUCUUUGCAUCUGAUUCCAGCUACUGGACAAACGAACGCGUUGAGGCCUUCCUCGGCGGCGUGACAGAGAACUCUGAUAUGCUCAUCCUUGAUCUCUUUGCUGAGAGUUCACCUCAGUGGCAGCGCACAAAUUCGUUCUUCGGCAAGCCGUGGAUAUGGUGUCAACUCCACGACUAUGGUGGCAAUAUGGGUCUCUAUGGUCAGAUUGAAAAUGUCACGAUCAACAGCAUGCAAGCUGUUCGAGAGUCUAAGAAUUUAGUCGGCUUUGGACUCUCCCCUGAGGGCCAGGAGGGCAACGAGAUUAUAUACGACUUACUCCUGGACCAGAGCUGGAGCGAGAAGCCUAUUGACACCCAGACUUAUUUCCAUGACUGGGUCUCUUCCCGGUAUGGUGGCAAAUGCACUCGUAUUCCCAAAGAGCUAUACGCUGCCUGGGAAAUGUUGAGGCCAACGGUGUACAACAACACACAGCUAAGCAUAACGAAUGCCGUGUCGAAGUCGAUCCUCGAAUUACUUCCAAGCACUUCCGGUCUGACAGGGCGGAAAGGCCACCACUCGACAGUCAUUACUUAUGACCCCAACACACUAGUCCAGGCUUGGCAACAGUUAUACGCUGCAGGGCUCCGCAAGCCAUUCCUCUUUGCUCAUCCUGCCUACCAGUAUGAUCUCGUAGAUUGGACUCGCCAAGUUCUGGUCAACGCUUUCGACCCUCUUUACCAGACUCUUGUCGACGCGUACAAAGCGGCCAAGCCGGAAUCCGAGAUUCGAGCUGCUGGAGAGAACCUGACCAGUCUCCUAGAGACACUGGACAAGGUUCUUUCGACCAACAAGCACUUCCGCCUCUCGACAUGGAUCGAUUCCGCCAGGGCCAACGCAAGAACCAAUCUCUCCAUUGCGAGUUUCUUCGAGUACAAUGCACGAAACCAGAUCACUCUUUGGGGUCCGACUGGCCAAAUAGAAGACUACGCAUCCAAGCAGUGGUCGGGACUGGUCGGCAAGUACUACAAGCAGCGAUGGCAGAUGUUUGUGGAUUAUCUUGCCAAAACUCCAACGGGCAAUUACAACCAAAAGGACUUCAAGGCUCAGUUGCAAAAAUGGGAGAUCGAUUGGAAUACUCAGACGUCAGACCUGGAUUAUCAGGCGGGGGAGCUCCGACCUGUGGUUGCCGACGCCGUCAAACAAUGGCCACAGAUCUUCAUGCAGAACUGA